AUGUCCAGAGACGCUCCCAUAAAAGCUGAUAAAGAUUAUACUCAACUUUUGGAUGAACAAUUUCCUCAAAUUGAUGUCUUGGGUAAAAAUGACUAUAAUGCUGCAUUAGAGAAACUCUUACUAUUAGAAAAGCAAACCCGUCAAGCUUCUGAUUUGGCUUCAUCCAAAAGAGUUUUGACCAAAAUUGUCGACUUGUUAGGUGAUCAUAAAGAUUGGAAAGCGUUGAAUGAACAAUUAGUUCUUCUUUCAAAAAAACACGGUCAAUUGAAAUUAGCUGUCCAAGUUUUCAUUCAAGAAGCAAUGUCAUAUUUGGAUAAAACUCCAGAUUUGACCACCAAGAUUGAAGUCAUUGAUACAAUUAGAACUGUUACUGAAAACAAAAUUUUCGUUGAAGUUGAAAGAGCAAGAGUUUCAAGAGAAUUAUCACAUAUUAGAAGAAGUCAAGGUAAGAUUGAUGAAGCUACUGAAAUUUUGGUUGAAUUACAAGUUGAAACAUAUGGUUCAAUGAACUUGAGAGAAAAAAUGGAAUUCAUUUUGGAACAAGUUGAAUUAUGUAUCUUGAAAGGUGAUUUCAACCAAGCAACUAUUUUAUCAAGAAAGAUUUUAGUCAAGACUUUACAACUUGCCGAAUAUCAAGAUAUCAAAUUACAAUACUACGAACUAUUAAUAAAGAUUGGUUUGAACAAGAAUGAUUAUUUGAACAUAGCCAAACAUUUCUUAUCAAUUUACGAGAUAGAAGAUAUCAAAAAGGAUGAAACCAAAUGGAAACCAGUUUUAAUCAAUAUUGUUUAUUUCUUGAUCUUAUCACCAUAUGAUAAUUUACAAAACGAUUUGAUUCACAAACUAGAUUUGGAUACUAAUUUAAGAAAACUUGAUUUACACAGCAAAUUAGUCAAAUCAUUCAUCACACAAGAAUUGAUGAGAUGGCCAAUAAUUAAAGAUGUUUACAGUGGUGAAUUACAAAAAAGUGAAUUUUUCAACAACAAGGAAAAAGCUAAUGAAAAACAUUGGAGUGAUUUACGUGAUAGAGUUAUUGAACAUAACUUGAGAGUUAUCUCCACAUACUACACAAGAAUAACAUUAUUAAGAUUAAAUCAAUUAUUAGAUUUGAAUGAAACUGAGACUGAACAUUUCAUUAGUACUCUGGUUAAUCAAGGUACUAUUUAUGCCAAGAUCAAUAGACCAGCCAAAAUAGUGAGCUUUGCUAAACCAAAAGACUCAAAUGAAUUGUUGAAUGAAUGGUCAACUAAUGUCGAUGAAUUAUUGGGUCAUAUUGAAACUAUUGGUCAUUUAAUCACUAAAGAAGAAAUGAUGAACGGUAUCAAAGCUUCCUCUUAG